UUCUUUUUACUUAACAGUGCUCGUGUUAUGCCUGCCAUUGGAUGCUGAGUUCUCCAGCCGGGUACUCGCUGAGCUGGAUGUAAUGCGCGAAUCUCACGUACCCACUUCAGCCAUUGUGAUGGUCCAUCCGAAAACUCCUGAGCUCUUCCAACCUCGCCAGACCCCAAUUUCGUCUUUCACGAAUACAACCAGCAACGUCACAGCCAGCGUACAGCCGACACUCAGCAGCACCCUGUCUUCCAAUUUUUCCAACCACGACGCAUCUCACGACGCGAGAGCCAGCAGCGAGAGCCAUCCUUGGGCCAAGGAUAGAAAAGACCCUGGACGUUUUUCACCCUCCAGGAACCUCAGCCAAUCGACCCUCCAUAAUCUGCUGGUUCUGGCGCCUUUCGACCGGAGGUGCAACUUUCACAGACUAUUAAACUGCACAGAGAGUUUCGCCGAGAUGAAAAUCGUGGAUCAUCUGCGGGAAUCUUUGGAUAUUCUUAUCAGGGACAAUUCUAGUAUUAAUUCGUAUAACAAUAAUAUGUACGCUUACGCAUUAUUGAAUUGGCACGACGAGGAAUGGAGAGCGAUACUCACAGUGACGGAACGCGAUCAAGAACUCCUGGUGCAGGAAUUGACGACGAACGACUUUACCGACGAGGAAGUCUUCGGUUCUCACUGUGACGACGAGAACGAUUGCACCGAAGAUGACGCUAUACCCUUCCGGACCGCACAUAUCGUAGCCAUCAUCCUGGGAUCUCUUCUCUUCGCACUCAUUGCAAUCGUCACUGCGGCUCUCAUACGCUCUAAGGUCAAUUGCAGACGGCACCUGUUGAAGAACAGGAUGUCCAAGGGUCCCUACAAGAUCAUCCUCACGGCAUCGGACUUUGUAUUCCCACAAUUACCAGAUUCCAGAAGGGUCGACGAGGGUAUAGAGGCCAUGCUAUGUUGCUGGUUGCAGCAACUCCAGGAAUUCGGUGGACCCGAAGUUGACAAGCCGGAUCUUCUACAGGGCAGCGUAGGUUCACUGAGACCGCAUCUUCAGGCGAGUACCGGAAGUCUCGCAAGACACACGAUUCUGAAAGAUCCUCGUGCGAGGUACAACGGUGACCUGGUACAGCUUAAGGAGUUACCGUGUCAGAGCACCUUUGAACUUAAGAAUAAAGCCAUGGAUGUGCUGGUAACGAUCCAUGGGCUGAGACACGAAAAUUUGAAUCCCCUUAUCGGCUGUUUGACUGAGCCAACUCGACCGUGUCUGGUAUCCGAGAACUGUUCCCGAGGGUCCCUGGAAGACGUCCUGGUGCAAGAUGAAAUUAAAUUAGAUUGGUCCUUCAGGUUGUCAUUGUUAACCGACCUGGUGCGGGGGAUGAAGUAUCUGCAUAGCAGUCCAAUAAGGGUGCACGGUUAUUUGACGUCAAGAAACUGUGUCAUCGAUGCACGUUGGGUUCUGAAGGUCACGGAUUAUGGACUUCCAGCAUUUUACGAAGCUCAGAAUAUCGUGCCGCCAGCUAAAACAGCACGUGAUCUGCUGUGGACCGCGCCAGAACUCCUGAGACACUCCGGUCUGAGGAAGAAAGGCACUCAACCCGGGGAUGUUUACAGUUUUGGAAUUGUCAUGCAAGAAGUUGUUGUGCGGGGUGAACCAUUUUGCAUGCUAGCCUUAUCGCCCGAGGAUAUCAUAGAAAAGGUGAAGAAACCACCGCCAUUGAUAAGACCAUCAGUGAGCAAAGGGGCAGCGCCACCGGAAGCCAUUAACAUCAUGCGACAAUGUUGGGCGGAAGCGGCAGACAUGAGACCGGAUUUUACCGCCGUUCAUGAUCUUUUCAAGAAGCUCAAUCACGGCAGAAAGGUCAACUUUGUCGAUACGAUGUUCCAAAUGCUUGAGAAGUACUCCAACAACUUGGAGGAGCUUAUACGAGAGAGGACUGAGCAACUGGACAUGGAGAAGAAAAAAACGGAGCAGCUGUUGAACCGCAUGUUGCCAAGUUCUGUGGCUGAAAAGCUGAAGUUUGGCAUGCCUGUGGAUCCUGAAGAGUUUCGUGAGGUCACCAUAUACUUUUCGGAUAUCGUUGGAUUCACCACUAUUUCUGCUUAUUCUACACCAUUUCAAGUGGUCGACCUGCUGAAUGAUCUGUAUACUUGUUUCGAUGCGACCAUCAAUGCUUAUACUGUUUACAAGGUGGAAACCAUAGGGGAUGCUUAUAUGGUCGUUGGGGGUUGCCCCGUUAGAAUCCCUGAUCACGCUUCGCAAAUAGCUACCAUGGCACUGGAUCUUCUUCAUCAAAGUGGGAAGUUCAAGCUGAGACACUUGCCAAAUACUCAAUUACGUCUCAGGAUCGGAUUGCAUACCGGUCCUUGCUGCGCCGGUGUGGUAGGCUUGACCAUGCCCAGGUAUUGUCUUUUUGGUGAUACCGUAAACACAGCAUCCAGGAUGGAGUCGACUGGAGCGCCCUGGCGGAUUCAUCUGAGCCAAGCGACAAGAGAUCGUCUCAAUCAGGUCGGCGGUUAUCAUAUCGAGUAUCGCGGACGAACAGAAGUCAAGGGCAAGGGAAAGAUGCCGACUUACUGGCUUCUGGGAAAACAAGGCUUCGACAAAGAGUUGCCAACUCCGCCUGUUCUUGGAGAGGAUCAUGGGCUGGAUGAAAGUUUGAUCAUUGGAAGCUUGCCGAACAAUGAUCCGUCAGAAUCAGGAACACCGCAACUUCCGGUCCCAACGUCGGAGGAUAAUAGUUCUGGCGAGUGCAGUGCCUCCUUCGCAACUACAUCCGGUGGUCACGCGUCCCCCUCUGGAAUUAAAAUUACAAGCAGCGAGCACUCCUUUAAUUCAGCUACAAAAAAGGUAGCUGUUUCCGUUCACGACGAGAAGGUUCUCACUGCAAGUUUUUCCUUGAAGUCUGGCGAACCUGUGGAGAUCCUGAGGGACAUCGUCAAGACUCCAGAGUACACUGGCGCUACAGUGACAAAGAGUACUUCCGGGGAUACACAAAUAUCUCUUGGUACACCUGUUUCCGCUACGGAAGUCGCUGCUGCGCUUCUAGGUGCAUCAACAAGCUCACUCACUUCCAUGACAGCUGGAUCGACCUUCCGGGGAAGGCAUAGACGUGUCGGAGUCAUCGACGAGGAUGACCUAAGCACUCCGUACAAUCAUUACAGAUGUCUUUCACCUAAUGAACACUAUGGGAAAGGCACAGGUUGCCGUUUACUCAAAAGACAAUUUAGUCUAGACCGUGCAGAUGAUCCUCCUAUCCUUCCUGAUCCUCCAAGUCAAAGAGGGACCCCACGUCUCUACAAGCAAAACAGUGCUGGCGCUGCUAAUGAUUUGGAAAGGAUCGAGGAGGUCCCGUCAACUCCAGGACCUCAGUGUUAUCGUCAUGCAGCAUCUAUGUCACUAUCGGUCGAUUCUACGACGUUGAGUGGGUACCUACCAAGUGCCGCAGAAUAUCACGUCUACGACGGCAAUCUACCUCCCUAUACUACCAGUAGAAACACCAAUAACUUUAUCGCCGAUAUCCACUUAGAGGAAUAGCGAUGUCUUAGCUGAAUAACAAACUCCUAUGGCAAGGAAGGAAGUCAGCCAUAUCCUUUAGAUUCAAUUGGAUGAGCCGUGAUCGGUGAUAAACGUAACAAUGAAAAAUAAUAAUAGAGUAAUGUUUUAUCGAUGAUAAUGUAAUUAAAUGCCACAACACGUAUUAAUAAUAACUGUUAACAUAAAGCGUUGAUGCUGCAGGACGGCACUUGUAAUCAUGUCGAAUAUCUCAAUACGAUUUCUUUUAAUAAUAGAAAACAAUUAGUCAUGAGAUAUUUAUUAAUUGUUAUUAUUUCAAUAGCUAUAGCCGAUCCACGAGGUUAUUGUAUUUUUUUUUCACAGCUCGCAGACAAUAAAGCCUUAGCAAAUCACACACAGCUUUCCAUAAAAUCAUGGAAAUUUAUGGUCAAAAUAAAAUGUACUGCAGUGCAAAAUCAUACACCACGCAUAGUUUUUAACAAAAAAUGUUAUAUAGAUUCAUACGUGAUUUGCUAAAUAUCACUUUUCUCGAUCUGUCAAUAAAACAUCAUGAAACUCGUCAAUCGGCUGUAUAAUAUAAUAACUAUGUUGUUAAUAAGUUUUAGAACGUAGGUCUGUAUUAAUAUAUUAUUACUGUCAGGACUAUCGUUUGAAAGGCAUGUAAAUAUCUUUUCUAUCGGCCUAAAAGUUGUGUUGCUUAUAUUAUAUAUAUACAUAAUAUAGAUAUAUAUUUAUCGCAAUGUGUCUAUAAUAAUUAGGGAUUUCUUACCAUGUAAAGUUUCGACGGUGUAUACUGUAGAGAAAUCUAUAAUAAUCGUUGGACGAUUACGAUUGCGCUCUAAUAAUAUUUUUACGUGAACCGCGCGAAUAUAUUUAAUAUUUUUUAUCACAGUAUGGAUAAAUAUGUCUUAUAUGACAAAGGAUAUAAAAGAUAUACCUCAGACUCGCAAAAAGAUAUAUAUUAUUAUACGUAACGUAUAUUUUUUUUAUAUAUUGAUAUAUUAUCUCAAAAAAAUAAUGGCGCGAUCAUGAUCGUUCCAUGACUGUAAAAUAAUGCGUUACAAUGGUCUCUUUGGACUAUAUUUUAAAUAAGCAAUAAAAUGGUGUCAAGAUCAUAAAUGCUUUGAGUAGCCAUGUGUAGAGUCCGUGUCAUUAAUUAAUCAGAACGACAAUUACUAAGGUUUUUCGUCCGUGUGUGUUAGCGAAUGAAGAGCAAACGAAAAAAUAUCGACGAGUACGCAUCUCCAGACGUACUUCGUCUUCACUGGUUCAUAACACCAUCAAAAAUCUAGAUGACAAUCGGUAGGCGAUGAUUUAGCCUGAGGAUGAUUGUAUCGGUUGUAUAAUUGUACUAACGUUGUACUACUAUUGUGAUGGACAAGUUUUUUUACCUCUCUUUAUGAAUGAUGACAAAAAAAUUGUCACCCACAAAAUUGACGAUUCUACUACGAAUCCAUCCUCAUGCUUGUCAUUGAAACGUAGAGUGUAUCUACGUUCAUAGAAGUAGUAGGGUCAUUUACUAAUUCUUAAUGAAUGUUACAAAGAGAAUUUAUAGAUAUUUACAUGUUGUUAAACAGUUGAUGUUAGAUGUAGGUAUAUGUAAAUACCAUAAUACCUACAUGUGUAAAUAGUCUUUAUUUUUUAAGUGAAGUGAAGUAGCGAAAUGCUUUUCCUCGUCCUACUCCUCUUCCUUUUCCUCCUCCUAUUGAUGAUUGAGAAAUAUCUUUUCUUUUUUCGAACCUUAUUCACGUUGCCAAAAGGUGGACGCUUAUAUUUCCCUUUGCGUACAAAAUGGCCGUGUCUCUUACAACUGUGCCGUUAUGAUAUUUCCCCUUUUCCUUGUCACAAACACCCCUUCCCCUUCCCCUUCCCCUUCCCCUUUUCCUUGAUGUAUUAAUGUGUCCCAUUCGAAUUUCAACAAAAUGGACAUUGCUCGGGUGUAAUUAAAGAAUUUCUAUGGAAAACAAUUUGUGUUACUAUGUACGCUAGUCGAAUAUAGUAUAGUAAUAUUACGGAUGGAUGUUAUAUGUGUGAACAGAAUUUACUGUAGUAUAUUGUAUAGUUAAUUGAGAAUUGGGUAUUUGUAUCUUUUAGACGCUCUGUUAUUAAGGAAAGGAAAAGAAUGAAACAACACAAAGCGUAAGAACAACGUAUUUAGUACUUAUAGCAAUAAAGACUGUAGAUAUUGAGA